GUCGUAGUAUAACAUAAUUCUCUGCAAGUCGUUCAAUUUCAAAUUUUGCAACCCAACGACCGAAAAGGCGCCCCCUACAUAUACCCUUAGGGAGGGGGAAGGGUCCGUAUUAAAGCAGGAUUAAACCCGACCCAGAAGCCAAAUGUCAGCCCGAACGCAAAACCAGAACCCAGCUCAAAGAGACUACGUGAUCCAAGAAGAAGAUGAAGAAGAAGAGGUGUUGAAGCUUGAAGAAGAAGUGGAACAAAUAACCCAGAAAGUACUCGAGUACAGAACUAAACUUCCGAAUCAACUUAACUCCACACACGCUUCUCUCCUCUCUUCUCAACGACCCAUUAUUCCCCCGACCCGUUUGUCCGAAAAUGGAUCUGAACCUCGACUUGAAUUGGAGACGGGUCCUAAUCCAGUGGUACCUGUUGAGUCAAGUGGAAUGGCCUCAUUAGUUGGAGAGGGUCAAGGGGAAGCUGAGAAAAUACAGCUCCUCAAACUGAAGAUCUCAAGUAAUGCCUCUAUGAUGUCUAUUGUUUUGAAAAGGAUGAAAGACUAUAUCGUAAGGAUCGAUGAAUUGGAGAUCUCCAAUGGAAUCAUCCAUCCGGCUUUUAAAAGGAAACGAACAAGUUGACCAGGUUUUUCAUUCACUUUAGAUGCUUCUUGUUUUGUUGUCUAUUCGAAUUCACAGUGUGUUGUCCAUGCUAACUUCUUUGCCAGUUCAAUAUGUAACAUGAUGUAGCUUGUCUUAAUCUUUGUUGUCGGGGUUAGCUGCGAUGAGUUGAUAAUAACACGUACACCAAGUUCUUGAAAAUUCUCAGUUUAUCAAUUCUUGAAGCCCUUUUUGUUUCU